CUGAGAGUGAGUCCGUGCUGUCACCAUCUCUCCUGAGGUUUGAUCGUAGGAUUCUGAACAACAAGUAUCUCAUCAAAGUGUAAGAAUGGCGUUCUGGAACAAAAGGAUGCCUUGGGGCUUUCUGUUACUGCUGGCUGGUGCUGUGGGUCAAACUGUGAAUUAUCCACGUCCUGUCUGUGCUGUGGAAACAUCGACUGUCACCCUCCCCUGCACCUUCACACCACUCAGGUCCUUCAUUCAGAGUGGAAGAGAAGUUUUACUGGAGAUCGUCAGAGUCCGCUGGUGCAAGAAUCAUCUCAUUUGUCAGGGAAACACUCCGUCUGUGUACGACAGCAACUCUGAGACCAACGACCCUCGCUACCAAUACCUGGGAGACAAGAAGGGAAACUGCACUUUACAGAUCAGAGAUCUACGGCCUGAGGACUCAGCAACGUUUCGCUUCAGGAUGGAAGUCAAUCAUCCUGAAGGACAAUUUACUGGACAGUCAGGAGUGACUGUCACAGUUGUUGAUGAGACUGAAAUGAGAAUAAUCAGCUCCAGUGGUGAGAGCGUGAUGAGAGAGGGUCAAACAGUCACACUGCACUGCACUGCAAACUGCACUUUCCACCAACUGGAGGUCACCUGGUUCAGAGAUGACCACGCCCUCCCCGCAUCUGGCCCCGCCCUCCAGCUUGGCCCUCUGACUGCAGGGGAUUCUGGGAACUACACCUGUGGUUUGAAGAACAACUUGAAGAACCGCUCCCUGACGUACACGCUGCACGUGGAGGCCGGAGAGGAAGGAAUCAAACUGGACAUCCUGACGGUCGCCCAUCUGGCUCUAAUCGCUGUGCACACGGCGCUCGUUACCACAGUGGCAUGCAUCGUCAUCAGAAGGACUCGUGUUUGCAGGACAGGGACAGGUCAGCAGCAGACAGACGUGAAAAUACAGCUCAGCGGGCAAAGGACAGGAGUCAGUGAUUCAGCACAAGAAUAAUUUUGAACUGACACUGAUUCUGACCCUCAUCUGUUCAAGCUGACAACCUGAGGAACGAGUGUCUGACAUCCCCCUGUCAUCGGCCCUAAUACUGAUCGGUGGUGACUGAGUCCUGCACUGAAUUCAUGUCAUUAACACUCAUAAAACAUAUGUUGAGGGUAUAUGUCUGCACAUGCAGCUUGUCACUGAAUACUGUAAUUCACUGUUUAUAUUUUUCCCUUUUUUGUCAAAUGCUUUCUUAUUUCUAGCUUCAGUUUGGAGUUUCAGUUCUUUAAGAUGUUUAUAGUUCAGUCAUAAAAACACGGAUCUGGAUAUUCAACUUAAAUCAAAGAUCACACACACACACAUCCUGUUAUACAAAUGUUAUAAAUAAUAAUGUCCUGAACUAAUGUAAAGUGAUGUUCCAAAUAAAAAUGU